GGGAAUCGAGAAAAAGAAAAAUCGAGAAUUUAUGUUUCUUUUUAUUUAAAAUAUUAAGUGAACUUAUAAUAACCAAAAAUUAUUAAAACGUUUCCGGCUAUUUAAUCUGUGUACAAAAUUUAAGUGAAAAAAGUCUACUUUUGUGAGUAAAAUCAUGAAAAAGACAAGUCUCCUUUGAGAUUGCAUAUUUUUGGGGAUCCACCAUGUUAAAAUCUUAUAAUUUCUCUCGCCCUCCCCCCACCUUUACCAAUGGACAUUUUCCAAAAAGUUUAUCUCUUUCAUUUUUAUAAGAAAAACAAAAGUGAUGAGAUGACAAACAGAAAAAUACAAUAUUGUGUGAAAGAGACUAAAAAGCUACGAUGAUUAUCCACAUGUGGAUUCACUCUCACCCACCACGGUGAAAACUUUCAAAAAGAGACAGUUCAAUGAAAACAAACAAUUCAAUAUGAGACAAAUAAUAUUAUUUUCACCGAACCUUAUACGUGUUCUCUCCUCGCACUCACAUGCGUUCGCUGUGAAUGCCCGAGUGAGAUAAUAUAACUACGCACACUAAAUCUGACACAAAACACUGCAAUUUACCGUGUCGUCUGAUUCGACUAGUCUGACUGACACUGACGGUCUACUGUGAAUGCUGAAUAGCAAUAGACAAUCGAGUUGAGAUAGAGUGUUGAAUUUAAAUGAAAGCGGAAUUUCGUAUCGUUGCUCCUUCCUGCUGAUUUUGUGAAUCUCUUGCAUUAAUUUUAUACAAAUUUCGAUGUGCAAUGCAAAUUUAAAAUAAAGACCAACCUGCUAUUAAUAGAAUAUUUAACCUAAAGUUUAAAUAUUUUGUCAAAAGUGCGACUUAAAAGCUGAGUCAAACAAAAAGAGCUGACAAAAAAAAAAAACAAACAUUUUUGUGUGUGCAUUCGAUGUAAGACAUUAAAAGAACUUUGUACAAUUUUUGACCAUUGAACGAAAUCAAGAUCAAAUAUCAACACCAACCUACACCCUCGACAGGAAAUGAUAAAAUUCUAUUUCUAACAACAUUCGAAAACAGCACCAAAAUUGACAAAUAGCCCGAAAACCUCUGUUGGUUGACAAAAAUAAAAACAAUCUUCAAAAUACCAACCCGAAAAUCUUUCCUGGAAAUACAAACUAGCGCCAACGUUGUUGUUCGGGAACGCAAUGUCAAUGUCGAAAUCACCCGACACAGCACAACAAAUAAAAAAUAUAGUUUCGGUUUUUCGUGCGCUAGUCACAUCCCGCAAACAACCAUGUACGUUACGUGAAAUUCUUCGAGAGUAUCCUGAAGUUGAGAGCAGACCCAUCUAUCCCAACCAACUUGGAUAUAAAUCUAUUGAAGAACUUCUCCGCGAGAGUGGGGAAUUUGUGCUUACAAAACUAGGUGGGGAGACAUGCAUCGCUGCUAAGUUCAGCAAGAACUCUUCGCAUAUUGCCUCAUUGGUGCGUGGACAGAAGAGUAGUGGCAAGUCGAACAAGGCAAUCAAGAAGGCACAAAUACGACAACCCUCACGCCCAUCUGAUCAGAGUUGGAAUAAAAGUUCUUACUCAUCGAAUGUUUAUCAGAAGUUGCCCCCGACUUUAAAUAGAUUUAUCCAGUCGCAAAAUGCAAUGAACGGCUAUGGUGAUAGCAACAACAAUACGAAUCAAGUAAAUAAUCGAAACAACGCACAUCAGUAUCAACAGAAGCAGCAAGGGAACGCUAGCAAUUACAAUAACAAUCGACAACAAAACCAGCAGCAGCAAGCUCCGUGCGGUGGACAAAAGGAUUUGCGAGAUAAGUUGAAAGGUGGACAGAAAGACUUGCGUGAAAAGCUGAACACUAAAAAGGAUCCUAAAAUGAUGCCAAACAACAAGCCGGUGCAGCAGCAGCAGCAGCAGCAGCAGCAACAGCAACAACCGAAUCAAGAUCUUAGAGAAAGACUGAAUAUGAAACAAAAUCAACAAUCUGCGCAAAACAACUCCCAGCACUCUCAGCAUCACCAAUUUCACCAACAACAACAGCAACAGCAGUCCAACAAAGAUAAAAUCAGUCCACGUGCAAUACUCGGCCAGAACAAUAACGCCAACGGAGCUCCGAACUAUGCUAAACAACAGCCAGCGAUUUCGUCUGCACAUUUGCAAAAUAGUAAUGCAAUUGCUUUAGCUUCUACCAUGAUAUUGGCACAAAGGCAGCAAAUGGUGAUUCAACAGCAUUUGCAGCAAGCAAAUCGUCAGCAAUCUCAACAGCCAUACCAACACCCAACUCAACGCUUGCCACAACAACAACAGCGACCCCAACAACAACAGCAACAGCAAACUCAUCAGCAUCCGGAUCAAAAAAGAUAUCAGCCGCCACACCAUCAACAACAACAACAACAUCAGCAACAGAAGCCUAAUCAGCAACUAUCUGCUUCCAAUUACCAAAACCAAAACAAGCAGCAGCAACAACAUGUCGUAACGCUAGGGCCAAGUGUUCCCGGAAAGAAUUCCGUUCAAGAUAGACUGAAGAUAAAGAUAAGCAAUAAUAUGUGCAAAACGAAUAAUAACAAUUUUAAUUCGAAUGGCGGAGGAAGUACCGCAAAUACACCAGACUCAUCGCCAGGUCUAUCGUCUGCUGGCUCGGACCAACCGAGUCCAUUUGGCGAUCGAAAAUCAAAUGUGAUAAAGAACGAAACUCAAGAGACUCAACAAAUAAUUCCGCCAAAAGUUUUCCAAUUCAAUCCAAAACUCGAUCCCGUGACAUCACUCUCACAGUACUGUGUAGUUCGGCGGUGUGCGCAACCCGAAUACACAUUCUUCCGAUCGAAGUUUUCCAAGCUAUUCCAGUGUCAUGUCCUAGUCAAUGAAAGUAUUUACUCUACAUACCCAAAUGAGUACCCCAAUGAGAAUUUGGCCAAGUUCUCGUGUGCCGGUAUGGCAAUUGAGGAGAUAAAAAUACAGGAGAGCCGUCGUCAUUUGCCUGUAUGUCCUGACAGCGAUCAGGAUUUGACAGCAAAGAUUUACCAGGAACUAAAAUCUCAUCCACAUGGUAUCUUUGCUAAAAAUCUGCCAGAAUGGUUUGAGAGCACAUUCAAACAACUUCUGCCUGAUCAUUGGUGGUCUUUGAUCGAGGGCUCCAAACAAUUCCUGACUGAAACCUCUACACGUGAUAGUCUGAUUAUAUUUUCGAAUAAUGACUUCGAGGCUGGAGAUGACGAUGAACCCGAAGUGGAAUCGUACACGCUUGAAUCGAUCAAACUGCCUUGGGCAGAGAAGUACUGGAAUCUGUACAUAACACAUUGCGUAUCGACUACUGAGAUUUGGGCCCGUCUCUUUGGCAAGGAAUACAGUGACGAGUUUGAUAAUCUCAUGAACGAGAUCGAUAUGCACAUGCUGACCGACAAGACCCGACCGGUGUCGGUAGCCUGCAAACAGAUCUAUUUGGUGUGCAUUGCAGAAUGUUGGCAUCGAGUGCGUCUGGAAGAAGUGGAUAAAUUAAAUGCCAUUGGACAGUGCUUCUUUAUUGACUUCGGCGACGAAGACUGGGUGCCGGUCAGUCAGUUGUAUAUAUGUGAAAAGAAGUUCCUGAAAUUGGCGCCGCAAGCAGUUUCCUUUAGUUUGUUUGGCUUGGAAGACUUUGCUGGCAAUCCCAAUGCCAAGCGGCACCUAGACGCCAUGCUUGCUAGCAAAAGUGUUGUGGGAGAGAUACUAACCAAGGAGGAGAUCUAUGCAGCCGGGAACGCAGAGGGAAGUGUGGUUAACAUUCAAGUUGUCCUCUACGAUACAUCUUCUCAGGAAGAUGUGAAUCUGAAUCCGUUGGUUCUUCAUCAAAUCUGCAAUGAUACACCCCCACCAGAAAUCAAACGAACAGGUCUAACAACUGUCCUAAUAACCCACAUCACCGAUACUGGAGACGUUUUUCUGCAGGUCCGAAAUUCCGAGUUACAAUAUGUUCAGAAACUCAUUAAUCAACUUAUUGAAUCAAAGUUCAAAAAAGACCAGCAUAAAGUUACUCGAGCUGAUGUUAAGAGUUCCACUAUGUUUUUAAUUUGUGAUAAAACCACUAAUCAAUGGUAUCGUGGAGUAUUAGCUAACUCAAGCAAUUCACAGUUGGAAGAAGAUGAAUUUGAUAUUUUUUACAUUGACUAUGGUAUGACAAAGAAGACUAAUAUUUCGAACAUGUUCCAAUUGGAAUCGCUGAGUACUGCGCUGAGCAAAUUUCCUCGCCAGGGAAUCAAAGCAAGGCUUGAUAAUAUUCCUGCUACAAGUCCGGCUAUUAUAGCGAGAAUGCGAGGUCUUUUGCCUGCUGAUUCAAGAGCGUUGGUCAAAAUCGGUACGCCAAGUUCGAUACCGUUGGUUAUUGUCUACAAACGUUUUGAAGGCAGUGAGGCCCUUUGCAAUGUUAACGAAGUUAUUCGAAUUGAGCAGGAAUUAGAAAGUUCAUCAUCUGACCUUUUAGAUGAUAGUCUUACAAUUUCUCUUAAUGAUGGUAAAAGUAGCAGUGGAGGUGGAAGUAGUCUACAAUCUCCUGGUGCAAAUUCGCGCAAUAAUUCAUCAGUUGAUUUGCAACAAACUUUUCGAAAUCUCACAACUAAAACGAAUUCUGUGCCAAGUUCACCACAAAAAAGUGAUUACAUGCUUAAAUUGAAAAGCUACGAAGAUGUGCCAAAUGUUGGAGAAUUUAUGGAUGUGCGUGUCACUAUGUCCGCGAAUCCACUUAAUUUUGUGGUUCAACCAUAUAAAGAUUUUCCAGAGCUACGCAAGCUUAUGAAAGAUCUACAAGAAUAUUGCGAAAACAAUGAUGAGUUUAUUCCUGUUGAUAUGGUGGAAAUCGGACAAGUUUAUGCUGGCAAAAAUAAGGAUGGUUUCUUUCACAGAGUAAUUGUCGUAAACAAAUAUGAAGACAUGAUUCAUGUAAGCUUUUGUGACUUUGGAGAUGUCGACAUUCUGAGAUGCGAUCAGCUAAAGACACUUCCAGGCAAGUUCCGACAGCUUCCCAAACAAGCCAUCCAAGCGAAAUUAUACGGUAUUACACCACGUAAUGUUGAUUGGGCUCUAGAAGAUUGUUUACGCUUCCGUGAGCUUACAGUCGGUCAAAAGUUCGUCUCGGUUAUCAAAAGAAUAAGUGACGGUGACAAAAUUAGUCCAGAUACUCGAAUACUCGAGUUGGAUCUAAUCGAUGUCCAAACCGAUGAGGAUAUUUUUAUUAGAGAUAUUUUAAUAAAUGAAAAACGUGCCAUUGAGGCAAACGACAAUGGAAAAGGCGAAUAAAUAAAUUAUAGAGCGCUUAGAAAAAGUCGAAGAUUACAUAAUGAUAAAGGUGCUCGCUUCUUUUUGACAAAAAAAAAGAGAAUAUUUAUGUUUAUAUCAAUAAAUAUUUAUUUAAUUUGCCGGAAUAUCCAUUCAAAUAAGAAGAUCCCCUGAUAUACACAAAGCACGCAUUCACGCAUGUUGACCGUCGUGUCAUGUCGUGUUUAAUGCGUAAUUGCGUAUAAAUCGCAUUUUCUUGAACGAAUCUUAUAUAAUAAACUAUAUAUGUCUAUAAAUAUAUACUUACAUUAUAUACAUAGGAAAUACAUAUAUAAAAAUAUUAUCGACCUAUUUUUUAUGAAUUUGAAUUUUAAGUAAUUUAUUGCAUUAUAUAAAUAAUUAAAAUAAAAUAUAUAACCCCGUUUUGUUACGUAAUUACGAAAGAAUCAAAAUACUCUUAUUUUGAAUUGACUUUAGAGAAUAAUGUUGCUUUUUAUUAAUUUAGAAAGAAAAUGAGUUUUUGUAAAUCAAUUAUUGUUUUUUUUUUUUAAUUUUUAUUUAAAUAAAUCAGAUAAAAAUUACAUUCCGCUGAAAAUAAUAAAACACAAUCCACUCGAAGAUGGUAGUGUCUGAUUUAUUUACUAGUUAGUUUAUUUAUAUAAAUAAUUGUUUAUUUUAUUAAUUAAGAAAACGAAAUGAUAUUUUAUAUACAUACACUACUACACACUAAACACUAAAAACAUAUACAUUUGAAGAAAUUAGUGUUAGACUCAUGUGAAAAUUUAAAAUGUCUGCUUAGAAAAAACAAUCUUUAUUGCUUAAAAAGAUGUAUGUUUAUCACUGUUAAAGUAAAAACACAAAAAAAGAAUAUAAACUUAACAAAUAAAAUGCAAAAAAAAACUUAAACAAACAUA